AGACUGACUUGACUGUCACUCCACCCCCGUCUGUCCCGUAGAUACCGGCUCACCUGAUACUGCGUAUGGAGAGGUGCUGGGCUACACCAACCAGUGAUCCAUACAGCAAUAUACAGUACACCUUCAUCAGAGACAGCUGCCCGGUGUUGUCAAACGAACAGACCCUGAGUGUCCUCAAGAAUGGCCAGGGUCCAGAGGCCAUGUUCAGGAUACAAAUGUUUAAGUUUGUCGGCAGCUCCUACACUAACGUCUUCCUCCACUGCAACGUCCAGAUCUGCCACAACGGCCCAGGGCUGUGCCAGCCUAACUGCUCUGAGGAAGACGGAUUAAUGAGGAUCCGGAGAGACGUCCCACUGUCCCAUACAGUGUCUUAUGGACCCAUUAGACGAGUGCUAAACAAUAGUGAAAAGCCCAGUCUGAGUAAGCUUUUAUCUUUUAAAUAAUCUCUGUAUACGGGUUUUAGAGCUCCAG